AUGGCAAAGGCAACUACUACAAGUAACAAGUAUUCAACUUUAAAAGGCAGAUUGGCAUCACCAACCGAUAUGAAAAAUGUAGAGUGUUGUAUUUGCAAGGAGAUCGUAGAUAAUGCAAGACAAUGUAAAUCAGCAACUGCCACUACUUGUGAUGACGAUACUUGUUUGUACGAUGUGAAUAUUGUUGGUCUUUAUAUUUUGUUAAUGGUGAUCCCAUUAGAUUGCUCCACCAAUCAAUGUGCAAAUCUAGAAGAAUCUUUUGUCAGUUUAAUCAAUUGGGAUGUAGUGAGUCAUUCUCACAAGACAAUUUUGAUGACCAGUAUCGAAAUCAUAUCACAUGUUCAAGAAAAGCAGAGAUUAGAGGAAAGUAUGGGUGAGACGGCAAUCAAAUUAAAAGGUCUAGUUGAAAAAAUAGAGAAAUUACAUGUUAUAAUCAAAGAGGAAGAGGAAAGAGAAGAUCGACCCAAUUCAAUUAUUUAG